AUGGCUUAUUCUAUCAAAUCUGGCCGGAAACUGAACCAUGACCAUGUCAGUCAAGAUUCUCUCGACCUUUCAAGCAUUAGUUCAGUUAUAUCAGAACACAUGCCAGUGGAGGGUGAAAGCGACGACGAGGACUACAGACCUCCAGUACCGCCGUCAAUCGAUUUGGCUGAGCAUACAUCUGCAUUUACCCUAGAUAGCGUUUCAAACAUGCCCCCACCAAGAGGAGUUAGCGAAAAGGAAUAUCGAGACGUCGUUGGUGACGAGAGUAUGCUAUAUGACGAUGACGUUUCGCUUGAUCUUUCUCGUCCGUUGGGCGAAGCUCGACGUCGAAAACUUAGAGCUGCCUUUGAACGCAACAAAAAUGUAAAUGCAGAUAAUUCUUCAGUGGAUGGGAGCGACCAAUCGUUGAAAGAUGAAUCCCGUCAAACCGGAUCUAAAUCAAUGCUAUCUAGCUUGACUAUAACAACCAGUCCGGGACGGCAACGAAAGCACAUGGCUUUACCUGACUUUAAUUCACAAGGACCAAUGGCUGCAUUCCGUACCGUAACAGACAAGAUAAAGAAGCUAGAGCAAGAAAAAGGAGAAUCUGACAGACUUGUGCAAGAGUUACAACAGAAGUUAAGAAAAUACGAAGAAAAACUUUCUGAAAUAACUGCAGAGAAAUCUGAUUCGUCUCGAACGUCAGCUACAGGAUAUACGCCUAGAAAUUUUGAAAAAGGAGAAGGAAGUAGACAGGAUAAAGGAAAGAGAAAAGAAGGCUGGGAAAAUUGGGAUAGGAAGAGUAGAAGAGAUGAGAGCAGUGACGAUAGCGAAGAGAACAAGGAAUCUGGAAUUUACAUCGAUCCGGAACAGGUCAAUAUAAUUGAGGAAGAAAUCGCAGAUAAUCGACGAAAACGAAGUAGUACGGGGACCGAUCGAAGAGAGGUGGAAUACCAAUUUAUUACAUUUUCUAUCUAUCCAUCAUUGCCAAAGUGUACUCACUGGCUUAUAGACUGCAGGCCUCCCCUAUUCCGCAACACCACGAAAUUAUUGUUCUGCCUAUACGACGAAAACUAUCUGCACUAUUCACGGGUUGAUGAUCGAUAUGACUAUGGAUACGAAUCAGAUCCGAGAGAAUAUUACAUUCACCCAUAUGAUGCGUAUGAUCAUGGAUAUGGUAGUUACUAUUACCGACCAUCUCCGAUUUCAGUGGUCCACGAAAUGCCUAAAUGGAACGAUGUCAAAAAUUCAAAAUCGUAUCUGCGUCGGCGAGGGUAUACAGGAAGCGAUAUCAAAAGAGAAAAAGCAAGAAAAAAGUCCCCCGGGGACAGGCGGAGAGAGUCAUCUUUCCCUCCUGGAACGAGUACGGGAAAGUCGCCUUCGGUUACAGCAAAAACGCAACGAGCGCUAAGUCUUAUGAAAGAACAUAAUUCAAAAACAUGUUCGAUAUGUAAGAUUGGGAAGGAUGAAAAUAACAACAAAUCAACGCACGCCCGAACGAAUAGUUACUAUAGCAAAGGAGACGAAGACGAAGUGUCUCCUGAUAUGGCGCUGGAAAAAGUCAUUGAUAAUUUGAGAGAUGAAUUAAGUCAUCUACACAUGGUUUAUAACCAGCUCUCAUACGAAUCAGAUACAAUUGAUCCCGUAAAUUCACGGAACAAGUGGCAUUCUAUUAAGGAACAGAUCAACGAAGUGCUUCACAGUAUGGAUUUGAAGAGCGACCAAAUAGAAACACUUCAAUCUCUCCUUCCGUCCUCGGCAGGAAAAUCACGCCCAUCUCCUUCCAGUGAAGACAAAAGUUUCUAUUCCCGAAGAAGUCUCCGGGGUAGGCUGGCUCGACGACCACGGGAAUGA